CCCGCUUGUGAAGUCCCACGUCUGAUUUUCUUUCCUGUGGAGAUGUUCCCAUCUGUGUCCUUUAUCUCGCAAAGUCCCCGCAUCCAUUUUUUCUUCAAUGAUAACGUUAUCUUCCUUGGCCCCGCGCGUGCACGCGGCACGGAGGUGGCCACGCGCACAGACGGCGGCUCGGCUCGGCCUCGCGUCCUCGCGCGGCGCGCGCGCUCGCCCAGGCGGUGGCCGCCCGAAGGCACGCACCGCGGCCUGUUCGGCGUGGGUGGGCUCGGCUUGGCCGGCGUGGAGGCGCGAGCGGCAGGCGGCCCGCCUGCGCGCGACUUAGCCCCGGCGGGCGACCGGCAGCGGCCGGCACUGAGGGCCCGUGGGUGGCUCGGGCGAGACCAGCGCUGGAACCCCGUGCACCCGACGGCCGGCUCCUUCUGGGGCGUGGGGCUCGGCCUCGGCUGCGGCGUCGGUUGGGGCCCCGGGUUCGGGCAUGAGGUAAUUGGGUACGUCGGCGCCGGGUGCGGUGUGGGGUUCAGCGUUGGGUUCACGCUCGCCGGCGUCGGCAUCGGCCUGCCGCAGCACGGCCUCAUCAGGAACCACGAGCACGGUGGUGGCUGUCUUGGUUGCAUUAUCAAAUCUGCAACUCGAGCUAAGGGAGAUAUGGGGCUGCAGUGGCAAAGGCAAGGCUGUUGCCUGUGCUUUGUCCAAUGUUACUCCUUUUAGUAAAUGUUUAGCUAGUACUCUCAGUUCUAUAGUUAUGCAAAGAGUUUGUUAUGUUGAUGCCAAAUAUUUGGAGAAGAUUUGGAUAGAUGGGUGCCAAAAGUCUGCGCGUCUUGUGUACUUUGUUGUUAUGUUGAUGCAACACUACAACAUAUUUGUAUUUAGUGGAUUCAUAUUGGACUACAAAUAAUAUAUAUAAUUGUGGGUAUUAGGUCA